GUGGGUUUGCCUGGAAAUUGUGCAUGAUAAGUUGGCAUUUUCUUGUAGAUCAUACCCAUUUUAAAAUUGUGAUUGAGCGGCUUCAAGAAAUUGCUGCUGAGGAAAAGCAUAACUCCAACUUGGAUGAUUCAGUUGACUUGGCAGACGAGGAUCCAGCAGAGACGGCAACUCCUGAAACCAAUGAAGAAGUUACAAAAUAUGAACAGACUGAGGAAGGAGAAAUUGAGAUUAUGGAAACAGAUGUUCCUGAGGUUCAUAGUCCUGUAAAAUCUGACAAUAGUGAAGAUGACUGUUACAGAUGGAGUCAAUAUAAAAGUGAACUGUAAAUAUCAAAGGCAAAGAACACCGACUCUUGCUGGUUCUAUUCGUUAUUGAUAUAUCAUUGUUUUGUUUUGCUUUGCAGUUCAAUAAGCUUAUAAAAGAAAUUGAU